CAUUUCAGUCUGGGAAAAUUAUCAUUGUUUACUGAUGUGUGUAAUCAUGUGGUUGUAUAAUUGUGUGUUGUGCUGUAACCAGUAUGCAGGGGGAGAACGUUGUGGCAAUAAUUGUGGACUAAUGGACUAAUGGCCACGGAGUAUUGAUUACAUGAUUGGACACUGGACGGAGGAAUCCCUUUUAUACAGGGUAACUGAAAGGAACGAGAGAGAUUUUCCCAGGUGACGCUGGAGUGAUGACGCGAUCCAGCAGCGACACGCCGGACAACAACAAUCGCCAGCCAGCCGGCGUGAGGGGAGAGAAGCAUGUUAGCAUGCCAGCUAAAGGGAAGUGCUUGUACUGAUUCGAGUGGAUACUCUGUGUGAAUGGGUCAGCUUCUAGCUUGCCGGUUUGUAAGUGUGCUUUCUGUCCAGAGCUACCGUCAGAGGAGAAGCAGAAGCGGCAUCGGGAGGAAGAGUGCGAGAGAGAGACGCAGACUGUCACCAGCCAGGGUGUGUGGAAGUGCGACGGUGGCGUGAUCUUCCCUCCUUCAUCCUGCAACGAUGAACCGCUGUUUCGCUUGCUCCUGGACUUAUUGAGCUCGUGGGGUUUGGGUGUUUUGCUGUGUUUUGGUCGGCGUGGGGGAUGCCGCCGACCAAAAGUGUUUUCCUUCAUCACCGGCAGCGCACCCGCUUAGCGGGGCAGGCAUGAACUGGGUGAGCCCCUCUUAUUGGUUUCCACUUGCUGGGGAGGUAAGUGCAGCCUAACGUGACGAGGGGCUGUUUAGUGUAGCGUGGGAGCGAACUGUAACAGUGGUGUAGCUUGCUGUGGGUGUGUGUGAGCCAUCUGUGCACGGACAUUGCUUAUGUAUAUUUCACGUGUGAAUUGUAACACCAGUGUUUUGCCUAGCUGGGAAUGAUAUUGGGGGCUUUGCUGUGGGGAGUUUUGUUUCUAAUGUAUUGCAUGUCUUAUUUCUAAGUGGCCUCUCUGCAAUUAAGUUGUACUCCUCCUCCCCCCUUUGUGGUGCCUGACUGGCUAUUAGUUAGCCUCUUUACCCUGUGUGAUUGGGGUGGGUUACAUAGGAUGGGCUGGGCCUAAACUAUGUACUAUAUUUUGCCCAGGGACUGUGUGCUUCUAAGUGUGUGUGUGGCUGCCGGCCCUCUACAAUAAAACUGUUAAACUUUAUUCAUGUCUGGUGUUGUGUGUCUCAGAGGGGUCUGAACCAAGGGAAAACAUUAAGGUCGCGGUGACGACAAUUUGGCGUAGCCGGCAGGACCCCUCUCUAGACACAACACCAUGAGUGACGACGAGGGUGCGGCAGCACCAGGUGUGGUAAAUAACAUGAUGGUGCCUUGGUUCCUGGGUGGGCCCUGGGUACCUAAGUAUGGGGAUAAGGGCAGCCAGCAGCCCUUCAUAGAAUGGCGUGAUCAAAUAGAGGUGUAUUUGCGGGCACAGACACUGUCAGCAGAACAAAGGGUUGACUUUGUAAUGAGUGCACUCCAGGGGGAUGCUAGGAGGGAGAUACUAUUACUCCAAGCCACAGAGAGAAACACUGACAGUAAAAUAUUCACUGCCCUUGAGAGACUGUAUGGGGAUGUCUUGACUACCAGUCAGGUUAGAGCAAAAUUCUUCAAAUGUCAGCAACUGGUGGGAGAAGGGGUGGGGCCUUUCAUUCUGCGUCUCCGUGAGUCUCAUUUCAGAUGGCGGAGCAGAGAGGAAGCAACGGGGUCUGAUGUGGAGAUGCUGCGCAGCCAGUUGGUGCUGGGACUACUGCCAGGACCUGUGCAGACAGAGCUCCAGCGGCGGGUGCGACGGGAGCCAGACCUAACCUUCAAGGAGGCGUGCAAGGAGGUCAAGGCCAUGGAGAAGGAGACCGAGCGGGCCACCGUAGACGGUGUAGACAUACGGCGGACGUACAACAACCCCCCCCAGCCCACUCCUCCUGCCCCAUCAGACCCUCUUCAAAACUGGGACAGCCUCAAGGAGGCAUUGAGAACUGAGCUAGCUGGUGAACUGCGGGCCCAGGUUAUUGACUUAAAUACCUCAUUACUGGCAGAGCUCCGAUCACAACAAACUACCCGCCAGCAACCGGAACAACCACCUAGCAAGAGGGGCGGCGAACAGGGCGCCAAUCGGGCACAGCGGCGGCCAAGACUACCACAAUGGGAUGACCAGGGCCGCCCGAUCUGCCUACGUUGUGGGCAGGCAGGCCACAUGCUACGGGAGUGCCAGAACCGAGAGUCCACUAACCAUUUUAGAGUGACAGAUGAGGGGAGGCCAGUGGAGGUUCCAAUGCGAUCUGCCCUUGUCGGAGAGAGCCCUGAGGUCGAGGUCCUUGUCCAAGGUAAACGCAUCCCCUGCAUCCUCGACACUGGGUCCCAGGUGACCCUAUUUAGCCAGGGCCUGUUCCAAAAGCACCUACAGGGCACCGAGAUGAAAGAGGUGGGUGAUAUCCCUUGGCUGACAUUGAAAGCGGCUAACGGGUUAGCCCUGCCUUAUGUUGGGUAUACUGUAUUGGACUUUGAGGUGGGGGGUGUGUUGGUACUAGGAAGGGGGGUGGUUAUAGUUGAAGACAAGUACUUGCCUCCGGCCUAUGGGGUUUUAGGCAUGAAUGUGAUUCAACAUUGUUGGGAUGGCCUCCGUCAACAGGGGGGGCGCACAUUCACUAUGUUCAAGUCUACUCUCCCCAGGUCAGCAGGGGUGGCCUGGGAUCGGGCCUUUGCCGCCUGCAGGAGGCUUGAAGCAGAGGAGCACCGGGGACCAAGCCUUGGAGUGGCCCGGCUGCGUACAAGCGACCCUGUCUGGCUGGCCCCACAAACGGAGACUGCGGUGUGGGCCCACGUCCCUGAGGCGCCCAAAGCCAGUCAAGAAGAUGUCCUACUCGAAGACUGCUACCAUGGGGGGCAAGAGUGGUGCGUGGGGCGUGCAGUUGCGAGGCUACAGGACGGCAGGGUCCUCCUCCGCAUAUGUAACCCUCACCCCUACCCUGUGGCGCUACCUCCCAGACGGCCCCUUGCCCGUGUCCUUCGUCUGGGACAGGAUGAUGUCCAAACGCCAAACCAGCUGGUCCUCAGGCAGGAGGAUGAUGCAGUGGUGGAGGUGGACGUGAGGCCAGUGAGUAGUCCCCUUUCCCCCUGUAUGACUUCUCUGCUCCAACAGACGGAUGGACUGACACCGCCCCAGUCUCAACAGCUUCAAGGGCUGCUUGAGCGUUGGCAGGGGGUGUUUGCCCAGAGUGAAGACGACUACGGGUGCACAAAUGCCGUGUACCACACCAUUCCCACAGGGGGUGCUGCACCAAUUCGCCAACGAUAUCGACCCGUGCCGCCUAACCUCUACGCGGAAUUGAGGACGUUGCUGCGUGACAUGCUGGAUGGAGGAGUUGUCCGAGAGAGCUCCAGUCCGUGGGCGGCCCCGGUGGUCUUAGUAAAGAAGAAGGACGGCUCCUGGAGGUUUUGUGUUGACUACAGGAAGUUGAAUGCAGUCACGCAUAAGGAUGCCUACCCCCUCCCUCGUGUGGAGGAGUCCCUGACUAAUUUAAAGAAAGCAGAAUGGUACUCCACACUCGAUCUGGCCAGUGGGUAUUGGCAAGUGGAGGUUCACCCUACAGAUAGGGAGAAGACGGCCUUUGCAACUCCACUAGGCCUGUAUGAGUUUGAGAGGAUGCCCUUCGGCUUAUGCAACGCCCCCGCAACCUUUCAGCGCCUUAUGCAACGAUGCCUCGGGGGUCAGGUACACGAUUUUUUGCUGAUAUAUCUGGACGAUAUAAUUUUGUACUCACCUGAUUUCCAUUCCCACAUAGGACACCUCGAGCAGGUCUUUUCCAAGUUGCAGGACCAUGGCUUGAAGCUGCAGCCCACCAAAUGCCACCUCUUCCAGCGCUCAGUACAGUACCUGGGCCACGUGGUGAGCCAGGGGGGUGUGGCAACUGACCCCCAGAAGACUGAGGCGGUCCAGGACUGGCCGGUGCCCACUACAGUGCGGGAGGUUCGCUCAUUCCUGGGGUUCGUCGGCUACUACCGCCGGUUCGUCCCAUCUUUUGCGCGGAAAGCAGGGCCACUGCACGCGUUGUUGAGGGGGACCGGCGGGAGUAAGACCAAGUUAGUCGACUGGACCCCAGAGUGUGGAAAAGCUUUCGAGGACCUCAAGGAAGCCCUCCUGAGAGCCCCUGUUCUGGCCUACGCUGAUUUUGGCCUCCCAUUCCGGGUCUACACGGAUGCCAGCUUGCAUGGGCUGGGGGCUGUGCUGGCCCAGGUCCAGGAGGGGCGAGAACGCGUCAUCGCCUACGCCAGCCGCGGACUCCAUGACGCAGAGCGUAAUGACCAGCAUUAUAGUGCAUUCAAACUGGAGCUCCUGGCUUUAAAGUGGGCAGUGACGGAGAAAUUCAAAGACUACCUGUGGGGCGCCACCUUUAAAAUCUUUACUGACCACAGGCCUCUGCUUCACCUGCAAACGGCUAAUCUGGGGGCUGUGGAGCAGAGGUGGGCUGCCCAGUUGGCGAACUUUGACUUCUCCUUAUGCCACAAGCCAGGGGCAGACCACCAGAAUGCAGAUGCCUUGUCCCGCCUUCCUGAGGUGACUGCUGCAAGGCGAUUGGAGGCACCUGAGCCGGAACCGGAGGGCUUGGAGCAAGGCUCAUGGGCAGAGCGCCAGGGCAGCGAUCUGGAAUUGGCCAAGAUCCGGCAGUGGCGGCAGCAGGGGAACAGGCCUACACCGGGUGAGCGGCAGUCCCUCCAGGCUAGUGGGCGACGACUUGUGGGGGAAUGGGAAAGGCUUAAUGUGCAGGAUGGAGUUCUGGUGUGGCGGCGGCCGGCACUUAGGGGGCAAGAAGGGGGAGUGGCAAUCGUGGCCCCUGUCGCUGAGAGAAAAACUCUGUGGACUCAGUAUCACGUGGCUUUGGGCCACGCCAAGGGAUCCCGACUGCUGACUGCACUGCGGGAGAGGCUUUUCUGGAUUGGGAUGAGCAGAGACAACCACAGAUUUGCCUUUGCAGUGCCAACGAGAGACCAGACGGCAGCUACAACGGUAGCAGUGCUGUGGGGGACAGUGUUUCGGUCCUUUGGGUGCCCAGAGCGGAUCUUGACUGACCAGGGGCCAGCAUUUGAAGCUGACUUGACCCAGCAGCUGUGUACCCUGUAUGGGUGUCGCAAGGUGAGAACAACCCCUUAUCAUCCUCAGGGUAACGGGGCUUGUGAGAGGAUGAACCAGACGAUCCUCAGCCUGCUGAACACCUUGGAGCCAAGGGAGUAUUCUCGGUGGAGAGAACACCUGCCGGGCCUGGUGCAUGCUUAUAACAACACGCCGCACAGUGUGACCGGUUUGGCCCCCUUCUUUGUAGUGUUCGGCAGGCAUGCCCGCUUACCAGUGGACCAGUUGGCCGGGCUGGAGAGGCCAGAGCAACGAGGUCCCUUGCAGGACUGGGUCCAGCAGCACCACGCCCAUCUCCAGAAUGCCUACCAGCUGGUGAAAGAGCGAAAUCAACACCGACAACAACAGGACCAGGGACGACGCAACCAGGGCCCUAAGGCCCAGCCAUUAUUGCCUGGGGAGAGGGUCUUUGUUCGAGACUUCCGCCGCCGGGCCCGAGGGAAGCUGGGGUACCAUUGGGACCCACGACCAUAUGUGGUCCGGAGCCAGCCUACGAGGGACCGCCCUGUGUACGUUAUCCGACCAGAAGGAAGGGAGGGACCUCUGCGCACCCUGCACCAAAACAACUUGUGUGUGCAGCCCAGCAGCUGGCGGAGUGGGGCUCAUGGGGGCGUAGGUGAAUUGGCAGGGAGCCAGCCCACAGUACCGCCUGAAGCAGAACGGGGGCCUGAGAGGGGGUGGUGGCCAGUUUGUUUCCCAUGUGAGCAGGGUCGCCCAGAACCAAGGGAGAACCUGAGGGGGGCUAGGGAAGUAGGGGAAGCCCUCGCUGAGGCUGGGGUGGAGUCUGGGGAUCCUCUGGGACCCCGCCGAUCCCAGCGAGCCAACUUGGGGGUUCGCCCCGCAAGUAUGCAGGGGGAGAACGUUGUGGCAAUAAUUGUGGACUAAUGGACUAAUGGCCACGGAGUAUUGAUUACAUGAUUGGACACUGGACGGAGGAAUCCCUUUUAUACAGGGUAACUGAAAGGAACGAGAGAGAUUUUCCCAGGUGACGCUGGAGUGAUGACGCGAUCCAGCAGCGACACGCCGGACAACAACAAUCGCCAGCCAGCCGGCGUGAGGGGAGAGAAGCAUGUUAGCAUGCCAGCUAAAGGGAAGUGCUUGUACUGAUUCGAGUGGAUACUCUGUGUGAAUGGGUCAGCUUCUAGCUUGCCGGUUUGUAAGUGUGCUUUCUGUCCAGAGCUACCGUCAGAGGAGAAGCAGAAGCGGCAUCGGGAGGAAGAGUGCGAGAGAGAGACGCAGACUGUCACCAGCCAGGGUGUGUGGAAGUGCGACGGUGGCGUGAUCUUCCCUCCUUCAUCCUGCAACGAUGAACCGCUGUUUCGCUUGCUCCUGGACUUAUUGAGCUCGUGGGGUUUGGGUGUUUUGCUGUGUUUUGGUCGGCGUGGGGGAUGCCGCCGACCAAAAGUGUUUUCCUUCAUCACCGGCAGCGCACCCGCUUAGCGGGGCAGGCAUGAACUGGGUGAGCCCCUCUUAUUGGUUUCCACUUGCUGGGGAGGUAAGUGCAGCCUAACGUGACGAGGGGCUGUUUAGUGUAGCGUGGGAGCGAACUGUAACAGUGGUGUAGCUUGCUGUGGGUGUGUGUGAGCCAUCUGUGCACGGACAUUGCUUAUGUAUAUUUCACGUGUGAAUUGUAACACCAGUGUUUUGCCUAGCUGGGAAUGAUAUUGGGGGCUUUGCUGUGGGGAGUUUUGUUUCUAAUGUAUUGCAUGUCUUAUUUCUAAGUGGCCUCUCUGCAAUUAAGUUGUACUCCUCCUCCCCCCUUUGUGGUGCCUGACUGGCUAUUAGUUAGCCUCUUUACCCUGUGUGAUUGGGGUGGGUUACAUAGGAUGGGCUGGGCCUAAACUAUGUACUAUAUUUUGCCCAGGGACUGUGUGCUUCUAAGUGUGUGUGUGGCUGCCGGCCCUCUACAAUAAAACUGUUAAACUUUA